UAUGAAAACGUGGAGAGCCGCAUGAUGCGCACCCAAUCAUGGACCCUGACGCUAACCCUAGGGAGCAUGACCAUUGAGUCUUGGCUGCCUUUCUGGGAAGUGGCCCGCAAUAUGCCCGAGGUUUGAAUGCAUCAACACACGUUCUGGCCGUAUUGAAUCGGAAAGAGAGCCGAUUUCGCGAGCCCGAGCAGCCUUUUCCUCAGAUAUCUGCUCAGAUGUCAGCUCAGAUAUCUCAGUCUGCACCACUCCUGGGCGAUCGAUCGAACUCAGGGUUCAGAUGAACGUGAUGGGCAAACCAAGGCUUGCACUGCAGGUUCCGGCUGAUCAUAUCAUUGUCAUCACCGCAGAUGGCGCAUCAGACUCACUUCUUCACGGGACGCUCAUCUUUAGCAAUGUGCCACUGCAGUGCGAUAUUCAAAUCACGCUUGCAAGAGUCGGCAGACUGAAGAGAGGCAAGGACAUGGAGAACGAUUCUGCCUCGAAGAAGCUCAUGAGCGAACUCAGAUUCAUGAGAUCGCACAAAGAGCAGAAAAGGGAGCUUUUCAACUACGAGAUGGCCGAGAAGCUGUGUGGCUGCUUUGUUAGUCCCCUACGAGGGACUCCCACAUCCAAGACCACAAAGUGCGACUUUGUUCUGCAAAUUCCUUCGUAUCUUCCUGCAACAGCAGCGCUCCCAUCCGUCGACAUCAGCUACGCCAUUUUCGCAACAUGCAAUCUGGCCAACGGGGAAGUCUUGCAGACAAGCCAGGAUCUGCGCAUCAUCCGCGAAAUCGCUGGACCAAUCCGCCUGGAGCCAUCACGGACAGUGUCUUUUCCAGAAACAACAUUUGCUAUUUGCGCCAGCUUCGGUCUUCCCAGCUCCAACCAUAAGAAUUCAACCAUCUCAGCAACCCUACAACUCAACGGCCUCAAUCUUCCCAUCACAAACUCCAUGCGCGUAAACGAAAUGCGAUGGCUCGUGCCUCGCGAGAUCAGAUGGUACCUCGAGGAGACCACUGUCCUCAUCACCGGCUGCCCCGACGCCACAGGUCAUCUGCCCAUGUCGACCGCACAGCGCGUACUCAAGAAGCGACAAAUUGCAACCGGAAAAGAGAAGCUCAAGCUCAACUACCCAUUCACACGGGCCGGAAACACGCCUAUUACGAUGUGUCCCGACAACUCCAGUAUCUCGAUCCUGUUUAUGAUCUUAGCGCCGAAAGAUAUCUCGCUGGGUGAAAGCACAGCACUCGCCGUCGCUGGCGGCCAUGUCUUGCAUACCGUGCUUGAUAAAUAUGCUGGAAACCUCCACGGUCUGCAGAAGAGGUUCGCGGUCUAUCUCGAGUACAAGUUGCACGUCUGGCUGCGUAUCGGAGAAGAUAUUUUCGACGAGGCGUCGGGUGAUUUGGUAAAUCGGAAGAUGGAUGAGAUGGCUUAUACGGUAGUCUGUCCUCUCAUCCAACAGCGUACUCGUGAUGAUGAAUACACACAAGAUCAGUCGGCACAGUUUAUUCCACCAAGCUACGAUGGGAUAUGGGAGCAGCCACCUCCGGACUACUCGAUGCCGCCGGAAUAUGCGACGAUCGAGGAGCGGCGGCCCAGCACUUGGCAUACAGCCGAGGCCUCUACGAGUCUGUCCAGCUAGUCCUUCGUUUCUAAGGAUGUGAACUGGCUUGGCAGACUUGAUCCAGUUGAAUCGACCUGACAACCACCUGAAAAUCGCUGUCGAUCC